AUGCCAAUCUCAUCAGCCCUUAAGAAAGCUCAAAAGCACCGUAACGACCUAUACCGGUUCGCAAAGAGUAAGAAUCUGACUAUCCAUUGGGAUAUGAAGACAAAGAAGAUGGAGGAAAUUGUCAAUGCGUUCAAGAGCAAGAAAGCUAUGACUAUCGUCAAGGCUUUCAAAUCAUCGAAGCUUAACAAUGAUCAAUCAACUCUCAAAGUCAUCAACACUACAACUGGAAAGGUCAACGUAUCGCUAAGUCGCUUCAAUCGCAUUCGGAAGCAGAUUGUAUCGCCAGCUGAUAAGAAGUUGCUAAUUCAUAUCAAGGGUUCGGAUGGUAGAAUCGCGAAGUCAUACCACCUCAACGAUCGCGUUGUAAAUAUCAACAAUCUUUUCAUUGACGAGGAUACUCAAUAUAGCUCGGGAGCUGACGUUGAAUUGAAUAUUCUACCUACAACGACCAUUGAGACUGAAUGGCUACCAAAUCCUAAGCGAUCUCGAUCAGAGCGCAAGAAUUUCUUUCGAUAUCUGACGAAGGCCGACUACAAUCUAGAGGCAUUCCAAGUGUAUUCAGAUGACUUCUUGUUUGAAGAUGAAUACAACGACGCAGCUUCGUACCGGGCGAGAGCAACGACGACGAGGCAGCUAACUAUCCGUGCUUUCUGUUUGCGCUAUACAAGGCAGGAGCAAACCCAGAUCUUGUGA